UUGAGCUAUAUAUGUCACUUCCCAUUCUAUAACCGCAUUCUCUUGUUUUGGGAUAUAUAUUCAAUCUAUAGAAAAAGAUGAAUAGCAAUAUUUUUUCCCUUAAGUAUAUGUGAUCUUUUCUAUCUAUCUAUCUAUCCAUUGUUAAGAAAGAUAGAAGAAAUUCAAAGGAUGAUGAAUAUCAGUGAUGGAAAAGUGGUUUGUGUGACAGGUGCUUCAGGUUACAUUGCUUCAUGGCUGGUUAAGUUUCUUCUGCAACGAGGUUACACUGUUAGAGCCACUGUUCGUAAUAUCGAUAAUCCAAAUAAGGUUGAUCACUUGCUUAAACUUGAUGGUGCAAAGGAAAGAUUGCAACUCUUUAAGGCUGAUCUAUUAGAAGAAGGUUCCUUUGAUUCUGCUAUUCAAGGUUGUCAUGGUGUUUUUCAUACUGCUUCACCUGUUCAGUUCGUUGUCGACGACCCUCAGACACAGUUAAUUGAUCCUGCUGUGAAGGGAACUCUUAAUGUUUUGAAGUCAUGUGCAAAAUCAGCAUCAGUUAAACGAGUUGUUUUAACUUCUUCUAUUGCUUCUGUUGCAUAUAACGGAAGACCUCGAACUCAAGAAGUUGUGGUUGAUGAGACAUGGUUUUCAAAUGCAGAUUUCUUAUGUGACCAAAAGAUGUGGUAUUCAUAUGCAAAGACUUCAGCAGAGGAAGCUGCAACAAAAUUUCUAACAGAAAACAACAUUGACUAUGUUGUUAUGAAUCCAGCUGUGACGAUUGGUCCUCUCUUGCAACCUGUGCUUAACCAAAGUUCUGCUUUCAUUUUUGACUUAAUAAAUGGUUCAGACACAUUUAUGAAUGCUGCUUUUGGAUGGAUCAAUGUGAAGGAUGUUGCAAACGCGCAUAUUCUGGCAUAUGAGGAUUCUUCUGCUAGUGGAAGAUAUUGCUUGGUUGAAAGAGUGAUACAUUUCUCUGAACUUACUAAGAUUUUGAGUCAUAUGUAUCCAACAUUGCAAAUUCCAAACAAGUGUGCAGAUGAUAAGUCUUUGAUGCAAACAUUUCAUGUUUCUAAAGAGAAGGCAAAGAAAUUGGGAGUUGAAUUUAUUCCCUUAGAAGUGAGCCUCAGAGAGAUUGUAGAAAGUUUAAGAGAGAAAAAGUUUGUUGACUUCUAAUUUAUGAUGAUAUUCCAUUUAGAGAAAAAUAUUGAUAAUCAUAAUCACGUUUGUUUUAUAUUCAGAAACUCUACAUAAGGAUGGGUUAUUUCUUAAUGUAAAAUAAGGCUUGGUACUGUAUGGAACAUAUAUAAGUUUACUAGUGCUUUAUAAUCAGAUUAUAUAAUGUUCCUUUUUCA